UAUUAAAAGGAGGGGAGGGGCCGCCGCCGCCGCCGCCUCGGCCGCGCACUCCUCCUCCCACUACUCCCGCAUACGCACGCGCGAGGAGGCUCCCGCGACGCCCCUCCACCGCCGCCGCCCUGCGCCUUCCGAUCGGUCGCGAGGGUGGAUGGGAUCUUGUGUUCCUCUUCGCUGGAGAAGAGAAGGCGGAUCAGAGGGGGUUGGUGCGUUGCUGUUUUGGAAUUUUGAUGAGAUGGAAACGGUGCUUAGAUUCGGGGGCGUUCCGUAUGAACACGGUCUCAAGAUGGCGACAUGCACAUUGGCAAUUUCGUGCAUGCCCGUGAGCAACGUUAGAACUCAGGCCUCCAAGGUGGCGGCCAAGAGCCCGGCGUCUCUAAGCUUCCUCGCCCAAGGCAUGCAGUUUCCCAGCCUUAAGACCUCCAAGAAACUUGACGUCUCGGCAAUGGCCACCUACAAGGUUAAACUCAUCACACCAGAAGGGCAGGAGCACGAGUUCGAGGCUCCGGAUGACACCUACAUCCUUGAUGCUGCCGAGACCGCCGGAGUGGAGCUGCCCUACUCAUGCCGUGCUGGAGCAUGCUCUACCUGUGCUGGUAAGAUUGAGGCUGGCACCGUCGACCAGUCGGACGGGUCAUUCCUUGAUGAUGCGCAGCAGGAAGAAGGCUAUGUGCUGACAUGCGUCUCCUACCCUAAGUCGGACUGUGUCAUCCACACCCACAAGGAAGGAGACCUUUACUAAGGGGGUUUUUUCCUUGAAAUUUUCUGCCAAGAGGCAAAAACUCUCGAUGUUGUCAAGGUCCAUCGUGUACCAGUUGUGUCUCAACUCUCAACUAAAAUCGGACUUUGAUGGUGGUUGUAUUUUGUGUUUCGUUAGUAUGAGUUCAAGGUUGGUGCUUUAAGAGAUUGGGAACCCAUGGAAAUACUAGCUAAGUAGUCAAUAAUUACCAGCUGCUAUGGCAUAAAUACAAUGCAUGGUUUUGGAUAUAAUUCGCAAUGUUAUCUUCAG